AUGCUCUUCCAUUCGCUCCUUGCUUCUCUCGCGCUUGCCGCCACCGUCUCUGCCUCGUCAAAGCGUCCAGCCGACUUUGUCUACACCGACGGCGAAAACUUUGCAGUCAAUGGGCAGAAAUUCUACUUCUUCGGCACAAACGCCUAUUGGUUCUCGUUCCUCGACAAUAUCACAGAUGUGAGCAUCGCGAUGGACAAUGCGAAAGCUGCGGGCAUAAAGGUCGUUCGUACUUGGGGCUUCCGUGACCUCAACACCACCUAUGUACCCGGUGGCCUCCCUCAGUAUGGCGACGAAGGAGCAGGCGCUUCGACCAUUUACUACCAAAGCUGGACGGACGGAAAGCCCACAAUUAACUAUGGACCGAAUGGUCUCCAACGCCUCGACAAGGUAGUGCAGCUGGCGGAGAAGAAGGGGCUCAAGCUGAUUCUCGCCCUGACCAAUAACUGGGCCGACUACGGUGGCUCGGAUGUCUAUGUCGUCAACAUGGGUGGCAAGUAUCACGACGAUUUCUAUCGCGACCCUAGGAUGAAGUCCGCCUACAAAAAGUAUGUAAAGGCCGUCUUUGCCUAUGAGCUCGGAAACGAACCCAGAUGCGGAGCUGACGGCAAGCGAAACUUACCACGCGGUCCCAAUUGUACAGUGAACACCAUCACAUCAUGGGUAAAGGAAAUGUCCAACUACAUCAAAUCCCUCGACAAGCGCCACAUGGUUGCGGCCGGCACCGAAGGUUUCUUCAACGGCACGUCGGAUGACUGGGCGUACAAUGGCGCAGACGGUAUCGACAGUGAAGCACUCCUCCGUCUUCCUGACAUCGACUUUGGCACGUUCCAUUUGUAUCCUGAUUGGUGGAGCAAGUCGGUGGAGUGGGCGACCAAUUUUACGAUCGCACACGCCAAAUUGCAGCACAAAGUCAAGAAGCCAGUUGUCUCUGAAGAGUAUGGAUGGCUCCUUGACGAGAAUCGCCAGGCUUGGCUCGGAAGGUCAAGCAAUAUCACCCGUGUCGAGGCAAUUGGGGCGUGGCAAAAGGCAGGUCUGGACAACAAGCUCGCUGGAGAUAUGUACUGGCAAUUUGGUACCGACGGCCUUAGCUUCGGAAAUAGUACCGAUGAUGGGUUCACCAUCUAUCUCAAGAGCCCAGAGGCGAAGCAGCUCAUUUACGAGCACGCGAAGAAAAUGAACAGACCAGCUUGGUAG